AUGUCUGGAAUGCCUACUGAAGUUCAACCUCUUCUUUCCCCUUGCCACUCAAAUGUCAAUGAUGGAAAUUAUCGUGAAGGAAAAUUAUCAACGUUUCUUGGUGUUGUUGUUCCAUGUAUUUUAUCAAUAUUUAGCGUUAUUCUGUUCUUACGUCUCGGAUUUGUUGUUGGACAAGCAGGAUUUUUAACAGUUAUAGGAAUGCUGGUUCUGGCAUACGGUCUAUGUAUUAAAUUUACAGCGAUUCCCGGGAGUACUUGGUGGCAAUACCUUUAUGGCUCACUGGUUCUGCUUUUUUGUUUAAUAGUUUGCGUUUUCGGUGCUGGAAUUUUUGCGAAAACAUCGCUUAUCAUUUUUUUAGCCGUUAUGGUAGCAAUCAGUUCGUCUGUGGUUAGCUUUAUUGCUCAAAAAGCCUUUGCUGUAAAUAAUCAAUCAAUUUUAAAUGAAAAUGAAACCGUUUUAAAUUUUGCUUAUACCGGCUGGGAUAUUGAAACGUUUCGUAAAAAUUUAUAUUCAAAUUAUACAGAGGAUAUUACCACAGGAAUUAAACAAGAUUUCCAAAGUGUUUUUGCAGUAUUGUUUAACGGAUGUACGGGUAUAAUGGUCACUUUUACAAGUUUUACUUGUUCAAGAGGAUUAUUACUGAAUAAUUAUAACUAUAUUCAGGCUAUUAAUCUAUGUCCACCUCUAAUAACCAUUGGAGUUUUUGCCGCAACCUUAUCUGCAGCGCUUAGUACACUAAUUGGCGCUUCAAGAAUACUCGAAGCUGUUGCUCGGGAUGAUAUUUUAGAUUUAAUCCCGCAGAUAAUAAUAAUUGCGAAAGAGUUGAAUGCUAUUGCUCCAAUUGUUACCAUGUUCUAUUUGCUAUCUUAUGGAGCCACAAAUUUUGCAUGCUUUUUACUAAGAGUUGCAUCUGCACCUAACUUCAGUACAUUAUUGGAUAUUUAUGUUACAAUCAUUGAAAGAGUAGCACUUACGAAUGAAAAACAUCGUUCUCAAUUCCUUGGGUGGCUAAGUUUUGCUGAUAAACGCCAUUUAAAAGCUUUUGUGGAGAUUACCACGGCCAAUUGUGUCCGUGAUGGAGCUCGCAACCUUAUGUUGGAUAGUCAACAACUAUCUAGCCAUGAUUAUGUUGGCAUUAUUAAAGAUGCCAUUAUGAUGCAGAAGAAUGUAUUGAUUGUUGUUACUUUUAAUUCGAAACUAAGUCCCUCAAUACAUGCUAAUAGUCACGGAAGCGAUUGCAUUCAGUGCGUUAAUCCGACGCCUUCGCAAGUAAAUCGACUGAUUCGGACUCAUUCUAGUAAUGCUAAGAACUUGCCCCCUAUUGUAAUGGCACAUGGAACGAAAACGGUUACGUGUACUUCUGUAUAG